AGAAGAUCUGGUCCUUCACCUGACAGGAUUUCAAUAAGAUAUCCCUCUUGUUAAGGUAAAUGGGGAUAUCUUUUUCCUGCCCUUUUUCUGAUUCUGAUGAUUUGAACGAUGGAUUCGAAGCUAUGAUUGUGAGAUCCAUCAGUUUCGACGGUGACAACGUUAGCACAACACUAAGAUCAGUCAGUUUCAAUGGUCGAAAUUCAGAACCCACAAUACUGAAAUCCCUGCGCUCUGGAAAAAUGCUUUUAGAAGGAUCGGUUAGCUUUAAAAUGCCAAAAAUGAAAACCAUGAUCUCACUAAACCCGCCUUCGUUAGAUAAGGAAACCAUGAUGUCACUAAAGCCAUCUACCUUAGAUAAGGAAUCCAUGAUCCUAAUAAAAGACGAGAAUGAAGUGAUUCUUAGAUCCAGCAGCUUUAAGAGCAGAGAGAUCGCCAACCCAUUUCCAGCAACAAAUAUUGAGAAGAUCCCCAACACACCCACGUUGGAUUCAGGCAGCCCCAAGCAUGAAGCAGCACUGAAGUUGCAGAAAGUAUACAAAAGCUUCAGAACCAGAAGAAAGCUCGCAGACUGCGCGGUUCUUGUGGAGCGACAAUGGUGGGAGUUGUUAGACUUUGCCGAGCUCAAGCGAACUUCUAUUUCAUUCUUCGACAUUGACAGACAGGAGACUGCAAUUUCACGAUGGUCAAGAGCGAGAACCCGAGUUGCCAAGGUGGGGAAAGGUUUAUCCAAGGAUGUUAAGGCUCGGAAACUUGCUUUACAGCAUUGGCUUGAGGCAAUUGAUCCAAGGCAUCGUUAUGGACAUAAUCUUCACUUCUAUUAUGUUAAAUGGCUCAACUGUGAGAGUAGACAACCCUUCUUCUACUGGCUUGAUAUAGGGGAAGGGAAGGAGGUCAAUCUUGUGGACAGAUGCCCUCGAUCAAAGCUUCAACAACAGUGCAUCAAGUAUCUCGGUCCGACAGAAAGAAAUGCUUAUGAAGUUGUGGUGGAGGAUGGAAAAUUUUUCUACAAACAGACUGAGAAGCUCCUUGACACUACUGAAGGACCUAAGGAUGCUAAAUGGAUCUUUGUCCUCAGCACAUCAAAGACCUUGUAUGUCGGCCAGAAGACAAAAGGCCGGUUUCAACAUUCAAGUUUCUUGGCUGGAGGAGCCACUUCUGCAGCAGGAAGAUUGGUUGUAGAUAAUGGUGUACUAAAGGCUGUGUGGCCUCACAGUGGGCAUUAUAGACCAACAGAAGAAAAUUUUGAGGAAUUUGUGGCAUUCCUUGAGGAGCAUAAAGUGGAUCUCUCCAACGUGAAGAAAAGUCCUGAUGAAGAAGAAUCUUUGAGCAAACAUAAUAGUGUAGUUCUUAGAAGCAAUACAUCCGAGGAGGACUUGACCCAAAAGGCGACUUACUUGGAGACAGAAGACAUAAUGGAUGAAGAUUUGGAACAAGAGAAAACUGAUCCAAUGGAACAAGAUACAACAAGUGAAGCAGAGUCAAAGAGGUCUCUUUGCUUGCAUAGAAAAUUGACUAACCUUGAAAUACCAAGAAGGGAUGAUCUAUUGGAGAGACCAGAGUGCAGCAAUCCAUGUGCAGUCACAAGUGAGAACAAUUUAUCGGCCGAGUCUCCAUUGGGUGGUUAUGAAACAGCAAAAAUAUUAGGAACAGAACAAGAUUACAUGGUUCCUAAGCAGAACUUAGAUCAUGAAGAAAAUGAAGAAGAAAUAGUUUCCAAGGAAUCAAUCCUCCGGAGGAUAAAUUCACAUAAAGGAAUGAAAUCUUAUCAAUUGGGAAAGCAGUUAUCUUGCAAAUGGACAACAGGAGCUGGUCCCCGUAUUGGCUGUGUGAGGGACUACCCCUCAGAGCUUCAAUUCCGUGUUUUGGAGCAAGUAAACUUGUCUCCAAGAAGUGUUGGAGCUAACUCCUCUCCUAGGAAUUCAACAGGCUUGAGCCCGAAGGUGUCAACACCAAGCAUAUUGCGGAGAGAAAAAACAGCAACCACGAGAUCUGAUCUCAGAUGAGGGAAAAUCCCUGCCAAAUUCUUUUGUGUGAGAAGAUAAGUUGUUGGAGGAAUUCUUUGGCAUUCUUUUUAAAUUUUUA